ACCGGGAACUCUUCGAUAGAAGACCAUGUUUUGUGGGCUAUUGUGGAUGUGUUUGCUCUGCCUGCAUGGGCCAGAAUUUGCCCGGGCCGAUCCUUUGCUGGUGGAGCUAGCCAAUGGCAAACUGCGUGGCAAGGACAAUGUCGCUUAUUAUAGCUAUGAGUCCAUUCCCUACGCGGAACCCCCGCUGGGCACGCUGCGCUUCGAGCCGCCGCAGCCGUACAAGCGCCAGUGGACAGAGACCUUCGAUGCCAGUCAGCCGCCAGAGUUUUGUUUGCAGUGGAAUCUGUACAUAGACGGGGCGAAUAAGCUGCUUGGCACGGAGGAUUGCCUGACUGUGAGCGUGUACAGGCCAAAGAAUGUCAGUCGGAGCAGUUUUCCUGUUUUGGCCUUUAUUCACGGCGGCGGAUUUAUGUUCGGCGGUGCAGAGGAGAACGGGCAUGAGUACAUCAUGUCCACGGGGAACAUCAUAAUGGUUAAGAUCAGCUAUCGUGUGGGACCGCUGGGUUUCUUAAGCGCCGGCGAUGCGCAUUUCCCGGGGAACUUUGGUCUGAAGGAUCAGCGCUUGGCUCUGCAUUGGAUUAAACAGAAUAUCGCCAGCUUCGGCGGAGAGCCGGAGAAUAUCAUGUUGAUAGGUCACUCCGCAGGCGGCGCUUCGGUGCAUUUACAACUAUUGCAUGGCGGUCUAGAGGGUUUGAUUAAGGCGGCGGCUUCACUAAGUGGCAAUGCGUUGGAUCCCUGGGCGCAACAGCAUUAUGAACGCCAAAAGGCCUUUGAGCUAGGUUAUGUUUUGGACUGCAAAGUGGCGGGAAACUCCGUGGAGCUGAAGCAGUGCCUGCAAGCCAAGGAUGCGAAGGAUAUUGUCAGCGCUGUGCCACACUUUCUGGUCUUUGGCUAUGUGCCCUUCGCGCCCUUUGGACCUGUUGUGGAGGCUGCCAACACGCCGGAGCCUUUUCUCACCCAACAGCCCGCGGAGAUUAUGGCGAGCGGCAGCUAUUCGCACAUUCCUUGGCUGCUGUCUUGUACUGCCAAUGAGGGGGGCUUUAAUGCAGCGCUCUUCCUGGAUAAACAGGACAAUGGCAAGGAGCUUAUCGAGGUGUUGAACACGCGCUGGAACGAAUUGGCACCAGAUCUCUUAUUCUAUCGCCACACAAAGAACACUUUGGAGGAACUCAAUUUGCGCUCUCAGGAACUAAAGCGGCAGUAUCUGGGAGAUCGUGACUUCAGCUCGGACAGUUAUUGGGAUAUGCAGCGCAUGUUCACGGAUCUUUUGUUCAAGAAUAGCGUUCAGAGAGUUCUCGAUUUGCAACGCCAGCACAGCCAAAGUCCGCUCUACUCCUACGUCUACGACAAUCCAGCUGAUUCGGGCAUAGGACACUGGCAGUCCCGGCGGAAGGAUGUUUUUUUGGGCACAGUACAUUGCGAUGAUCUCUUUCUCAUCGUCAACAAUUCGCAGCAUCCAACGCUGCGCGCGGAUGAGAAAAUCAUAUCGAAAAAUUUGCUGCGAAUGAUUGUGGACUUUGUGGAAAGCGAUCAAGGCACCUUAACUUAUGAUAACUGUGCAUUCACAGAUAUUGCGGGCCAAGGCAAGGUGGAGUUGCUUUCUAUAACGCGGGAGGGUUGCGAGAAUAAACAAGUGGAGGAACUUUCUUAGCUCCUUAGGGAGAGGUUAAAUAUUUCUUAUUAUAUUCAAUUUGUUUAAUUGGUUAAAGAUUUUAUGGAGAUAAAGGAAUUAAAGUUAUAGAACUUUUACGCAGUAUAUAAAUCUUGGGAUCGAGCUCCCGAAGUUGAGGAAAGCUGCAAUGCUUGAGUUCUUUUGUAGCUUGUUAUUUGAAGGAGUUUGGCUUGAAUAUGUGUGAGUUCGGGAAAUUCAUCAAGCUGAUGGAAAGAUUAUAGGUAGACGAAUUUUUGCCUCGCAAAAUAGUUUCCUGUUUGUCAAGUGCGUUUUUGGGUUUGUAAAGUUCAACGCCAGAUUUAUUGCGUACAAAAUGGGCUUUUUUUAUGACUCUUAAAUGUAAGGGAAAGUCCCGAAUGUGCAAUUCAAAAAAGAAGUAUACGAAAUACAAAAGAAAC